AUGACACCUGCUCAAGUAGCUUUGAGGCUAGACAAUACUAUACCUCAACUAUCUCCAGAGGCAACAGUAACAACACCAACAGAAACCAAAAUUGAUACGCCACCAUUAUUAGCUGGUAAACAUACUUUACCUGCAAGUUGGUGGUUUAACGAAAACAUUUUCAACUUGGAGAAGCGGGCCAUUUUCCACAACUCAUGGUUAUUUUGCACUCAUAAAUCAAGAUUUACCAAACUGGGAGACUAUUACUCAUUUCAAGUUGCCGGUAUUAAAUUCUUUAUCAUUAAAUCAAGAGAUGGCGACUUGAAUGCGUUCCACAAUGUUUGCCGUCAUCGUGCGUUCCCCGUGGUGCAAAAACAAUCAGGCACAAGCGCAGUCUUGACUUGCAAAUAUCACGGCUGGAGUUACAAUUCCAAUGGGAAAUUAUCCAACGCACCACAAUUUGACAAUGUUGAAGGGUUUGAAAAGAGUGAAAAUUCCUUGUAUGCAAUCCCAAUCCAUGUUACUCCACAAGGUUUGGUUUUUGUUAAUUUCAACCAAGAUGCAGUCAAGUUUGAUGAUUGGUUUGGUGGAUUGACUAUUGAAUUGAAUGAGUUUGAUUUCGACGAUUAUGAGUAUCAUAUGAGUUAUGAAUUACAUGGUGAUUUCAAUUGGAAGACGUUGAUGGAUGGGUACCAGGAAUGUUAUCACUGUCCCGUUGCACAUCCAGGAUUGAAUUCGGCAUUCAAGAUGGAGACUUAUAAGGUAGUUCCCAAGAAUAGAUACUGCCGCCAUUAUGCCACCUUGAUUAGAGAAGAGCCAAAGGCGGAGAAAAAGGAGCGAGUACAUGAAGGCUCGUCUUGGUUUGGGUUUGGUAAAAAGAAAUCACAAGAGGAUACUGUUACCACUGCCGAACCAGAAAAGACAACCACUGGUAACAAGGGUGGUGAGUUUGAUGGAUUAUGGGUGUACUUGUUUCCCAACAAUGGCGUCAAUUGUUACUCUCCUGCAUGGUACUCUAUUCGAGUUUUGCCAUUAAGUGCCACCAAAACAACAUUGCAAUAUGACAUUUACACCAAAAAGGGAAUUGAUGAAGCCACAAAAGCAGAAUUUGUUGACUUUUUGCAACAAGUUGAAAUUGAAGACUUUAACUUGUGUCAAUUGACCCAACAGAAUUUGAAUGAGGGCAUAUAUAGUUCAGGAUAUUUGCAUCCACAAAAGGAGAAUGGAGUAUUGUAUUAUCAAACUUUGGUGCGUGAUGCUAUAAAGAACCAUCUUGACUUGGAGAAGGCCAAUGGUGGGAAGCACAUUGAUCCUGCUGCUAUUCCUGGACCGGAAAAGAAUAAAGAACUCGAAGAAUUGGAAGGGAUUUGUCAGUCGCUUGAUUGUGGGAGCCAAGAUGUUGGGUUGAAUUGGUGA